AUGCUGUUUGUUUAUCUCUCCCUCCUUGUUUCUAACAUUGGAGUCCUGGUUGUCAUCAUCACAGAGAGAAGCUUGCACAAACCAAUGUACAUCCUCUUCUGUAACCUGUCUGUUAAUGACCUGAUUGGCAACACUGUCUUGUUGCCUCGCCUCAUGGCUGAUAUUGUUUCAACUGAGAGGUUUAUCACGUACAGCCAAUGUGUUGCUCAGGCCUUUUUCAGUCACACGUUUGGAUCAGCCGCACAUAUGAUACUCCUACUGGGUCUCACCAUAAGGCUAUCCCGCUGCAGUUCAAUCAUUCUGAAUGCUUAUUGUGACAACGCAUCGUUGUUCAAGCUAUCCUGUGAGGACGUUUCAAUCAAUAACAUUUAUGGGCUUUUUUUCACUGUGCUGCUCUUUACUUCUUCAAUGGGAAGCAUAGCUGUCACUUAUUUCAGGAUUGCUGUGAUUUGCUGGACCAAGAAAAGCAAGGAGAUGAACAACAGAGCAUUGCAGACCUGUGCAAGCCACCUGGUGCUGUAUCUCAUUAUGCUGUGGAGUGGGUUUCUAACCAUCAUACUGCAUCGCUUUCCAGACUAUCCAUAUUUGAGAAAACUGGCUUACGUUCUAUUUCAUGUCGUCCCUGCUAAUUUGAAUCCAAUUAUCUACGGCUUGCAAACAAAGUCAUUGAGGCAGAAAAUUACACAAAUACUCAGCCGGAAAGUUACACACUCUUAA